UGGAGAAUGGAAACUUGGAUAACUUACCAGGUCAGCAGCGCCUGGGAACUGUCAGUGUUCGCAUCAUGGUUCACGAGUGGCCUUUGGCAUCCAGUUCUGAUUUGCAGCUGAUUGUCAUUCAGGAAGAAGUGACAGAAAUUGAUGGAAAACAGGUAAGUUCAGCAAAAAUAGAUAUUUUAGUAAAGGACCUGAGAGUACUUAGACAUUCAAACUACACUGUCCCUUUGAAAGAGAGCAUGCUGUAUUCUAUCCCAAGGGACAACGACAUGUUAUUUACACUUCCCAACCUCUCAGGAAAAGAUACUCAAGACCCACUGCAAACUACCAGUCAGUACCUCAUCCGGCAAGUAGAAACUACAGUAGAUGAAGAGACAUUACCUGGCAAGUUACCAGAGACCCCUCUUAGGAUAGAACCUCCAUCUUCUUACAAGGUGAUGUGCCAGUGGGUGGAAGACUUAAGAAAAGGGUUGUGCAGAUUCUGGUUUCGAUCUUUACCCAUCUUCUUCAGUUUGAUGGAAGUCAUUGUAGUUGGAGUUGUUGGAGCAGCUCUUAUUCUCAAAGUCUUAAAGGUGCUUUUCCCUCCCUGUGAAAACAAAGGCAUCCUUCUCCUGGAUCAAGUCAGCUUUGUACCCGUGAUUACCAUCAGCUUGCCUUCAGAUCUUCCAGACAGGAAAAAUAAUUUAGAUGAGAAAGCGUGUACUUAAUACUGUGUUUACUUUGGAGUUACUGUUUUUUUAAAAAAAAUUUUUAGUUGACCUGAAAUUUGCCACUUGAUCUUAAUACCUUGUUUGUUUCCUUCUAAGAAAACUAAGUCAGUUGAUUAAUUGGUAAAGGGACACGCUGGCUGAGGCCCA